UCUUGUCCGCCCCGCCCGGCUGGCUGCUGCGGAAGGCGCAGCGCUCGGUAACCUGCACUUCCUCUGCUAGUGUCCAGCGAGGGAGUGCUAGCUCCGAGAGCUCCAAGUCGCAGCCGGUCCUGCCCUGACGAGAAGGCGCUGACAUGUCGGAACAAAGUAAGGACCCCAGCGACCCUAACUUUGCAGCUGAGGCCCCCAACUCCGAGGUGCAUGGUAACCCUGCGGUUCCAGUGGGGGUCUCUCCUCCAGCGUCUCUGGCAGUAAAUCUCGCAGGGCCAACGAAUGCUCCGGAAGAUAUGAUGGCAGCCCCACAGGCCUCACCGCCGCCCGCAGAAAGGUUUGAAGAGGUUGACCCUAAGAUCCAGCAGCAGGCCGCAGAGGAGGGCCGCGCCCACCAGCCCCAGAGCCCAGCCAGGCUGAUCUCAGCACCGCCAACCCCAGUCCAGCUGGUACAGAAGGCACAUGAGCUUAUGUGGUAUGUGUUGGUGAAGGACCAGAAGAGGAUGGUCCUCUGGUUUCCAGACAUGGUGAAAGAUGUCAUGGGCAACUACAAGAAAUGGUGCAGAAGCAUCCUCAGGCGCACCAGCCUCAUUCUCGCCAGAGUUUUUGGGCUGCACCUGAGGCUGACCAAUCUCCACACCAUGGAGUUUGCCCUGGUCAAAGCACUCAGCCCAGAGGAGCUGGACAGGGUGGCGCUGAACAACCGUAUGCCCAUGACAGGCCUCCUGCUCAUGAUCCUGAGCCUCAUCUAUGUGAAGGGCCGUGGGGCCAGAGAGGGUGCCGUCUGGAACGUGCUGCGCAUCCUGGGCCUGAGGCCCUGGAAAAAGCACUCCACCUUUGGGGAUGUGAGAAAGAUUAUCACCGAGGAUUUCGUCCAGCAGAAUUACCUGAAGUACCAGCGUGUGCCCCACAUCGAACCUCCCGAGUACGAGUUUUUCUGGGGGUCCAGAGCCAACCGUGAAAUCACCAAGAUGCAGAUUAUGGAGUUCCUGUCCAGAGUCUUCAGGAAAGAUCCCCAGGCUUGGCCUUCCAGAUACAGAGAGGCUCUGGAGCAAGCCAGAGCUCUGCGGGAGGCUAAUCUUGCUUUCCACUGCCCCCGCAGGAGUGUCUCUGAGGACUAGAAAGGUCCAGGGGCACAUUGAUAGUUUCUGCCCCAUACUAAGGUUGUGUAAGGGUGGGGUUGGAUCAUUAGAGUAUUCCAGAUUCACAGUGCAGUAUUUCAUGUAUAAGUUUUAAGUUUUCCAUACAGUACAGUGCUUUUAUACUUUGUAUUCAUUUGUGUACUCUUGUGUAAGAUUUGUGCAUGUGUGUUAUAAGUAAUCAAGUUGUUGCUUUCACUUUUGUGCUUUCUUGGAUUAUUGUACAAGAGAUGUGCUGUGCUCAACCUGGGAAAUACAAUGAGGUGUUAUGUAUCUUGUUCUUUGUAUGGGACUGGUGAACUGUAUCCACAAAGAAAGCCCUGGAGAGUUAGCAGGACUCACCAGCAUCACAGACUUGACCAGGAGAAAGGUCAAGGCCCCUUUCCGAUGACCUCAACUGGCACAGGAAACAUCUAUGUGGAAUGGACUGAUCUGAACUGGAAUUUUCUCAGUGUAGGCACUUAGCACACUUAUUAAACAUGUAUACAACCCCACCAUAAAUAAACUUUAAAGUGAGCAUUAAA